AAUUCAAGAUGAAAAUCGUUGUGGUGUUAGCGGUUGUUUGCGCUGCAUUAGCCAGCCCGGUUGAUUACUAUACGACAGCUGAUGAUAACCUGGAUAUGAACGCCGUGAUAAACGAUUCAGGGAAGCUCAAAGCCAUGACUGACUGCUUCUUGGAUAGAGGCUCUUGUGAUGAUGUUGCAAUGAGUUACAAAAAAAUAAUUCCUGAUAGCAUGAAGGACUCGUGCUCGCGUUGUAACGACGCUCAGAAACAUUUGGCCAAUGUAUACCUUAAAGGUUUACUCGAAAAAGUUCCAGACGACCACGAGAAAUUCAAGAACAAAUUUGACCCUGACGGAAAAUACUUGAGCAAAUUCAUGGAUGCUAUUAAAGACCAUUAA